AUGCAUUAUGACGUGCGUGUCUUUCGUACCGGUAAUUCCGUCACUGCGGACAGUGAACUAGCAAGUCAGAGUCUGCAAGCCGUACUGAAGGAAGAUGCUGUGUAUCGCAUCCGGUUUGCAAUGCCGCAAAGUGUUGGUGUCAUCGAAGAAGAGGAUGAGAGUGGUGAGCAACGUGGCGAAGAUGCAAUAGUGACGCGAGUAUUCACGGAGGGUGUACAGUUUCUCGAGCGACAAGUGUUUGCAGACGAGGAUUCGUGCAGUGGUCACGGCGAACACAUGCUUUGA